CAAGCUUGAAGUUUGAAAUUAAAUUGAAUGUUGAAUGAACAAGGUUCACGUGCCUGACCCUCUCUUCAAAGUAAAGUUCUGCAUCCGGUCCAGUGAAUUCUUGAAGCCGUUUAAUGGAAGGGAGGCGGAUCCAGAGGUCCUAUGACCAUCAGCUACAUAUUAUACCCAACAAAAUCAGAUGGAGCGGGCAGCUUUCCCCGCACUGUAUUGCCUUCAUAGUUCCAGCUUGACGACGGAGCAUCUUCAGAUCGCGAGGAAAUCAGUCAUGUCCCUCGAAAAAUCAUGAAGGUCUCCAAUAUUGUUCUUGGUGCGACUUCGCUCUUCCUCGUGAAAGCGACACCUACUAUCAUCACGAAGCAGCAAAUAGUAUGCCCCGGUCAAGUCACGGUCUCCGAGACCUUCAUUGGUGCAAACAGCAAUGUCAAACUUGCCCAGGUUUACUGCCCAGAGAACACAGUACCGACUCUGACUCCUCGUCAGGAUAAUGGUACGGCCAUUGAUGUCUGUGGAAACACCUGCGGCACCAACUGCUUCACUCCCAGUGGUGGGGGCCCUGACCCCAAUGACUGCACCGUCAUCGCAGAUGCGAUGAGGUUCUAUAGCCAGAACGUUAACGAUACCUUCUUGAUCGGUACCGGAACAAAUAACACUGUGGUUUUAACCUACUCGACUUGCGAGACUUUCUAUGUCAAUCAGGACCCCGUCGAACAGAGCUACUGCUAUAGUGACUGGGCCUCUAUCGUCGAUUAUAUUGCUCCCAACUGCCAGUCUACUCAGAACGCUCACGGAGGGAACUGUAUAGCUGAUGAUCAGCAAUGGUUCAUCCAGGUUCAAACCAACAUCUGAACACCUUGCCUUCUCGCGUUACUGCUUAUAACAAUUCUACACUCAUUUUCCACUUCCCAUCUUUUUCUUCAAAUCUGAA